AUGGAGUCAGCAUACACACCCUCCCAGGUCGCCGAGUACCUUUCGUACAUCGGCCUGCCCCCAUCCUUCCAACCGUCCUCCAACCCGACUCUCAACUUAGACUACCUCACGGCCCUCUUCACCCACCACAUCACCGCCAUCCCCUACGACAACCUCUCAAUCCACUACUCCCCCGCCCACGCCAUCCCCCUGGACCCACAGUCCCUUUUCUCCAAGAUCGUCUCGGCCCGCCGCGGCCGCGGCGGGUACUGCAUGGAGACGUCGAUCCUCUUCAACCACAUGCUCCGCGCCCUGGGCUUCGACGCCUACCUGACCGGCGUGCGCAUCCGCCCGCGCGUCGACGGCGUGCCGCAGGGCGAGUCCUACACUGGCUGGGUGCACCUGGUUAACAUCGUCACCGUCCCCGACUCAGAAGUAAAAUACGCCGUCGACGUAGGGUUUGGCGGCGACGGCAUGACGGUGCCGAUGCCACUCGUCAACGGGCUUGUGCACCACAACUCGCUCGGGACGCAGGAGAUCCGGUUCGUCAGGGAGUUCAUCCCGAACCAGCGGUUCCGCGGCGAGGGAGCGCAUAAGAUGUGGGUGUACCAGGUGCGGAAUGGCAAGGACAAGAACUGGGUGUCGUUCUUUGCAUUCCAAGACCAGUUUGAGUUCUUUGAAGAGGACUUUGGAAACCUCAAUUGGUACACGUCGCAGUCGCCCGAGUCUCACCAGACGUGGACGCCCCUAGCCAUUCGGUUCCUGAGAGGGGUCGGGGAGGAUGGGCGGGCGAGGGUCGUGGGGAAAGUCAUGAUGGUGAAGGGGGUCAUCAAGCGGAAUUUGACGGGGAAGACGGAGCUCGUCAAGGCGUGUACGACAGAGGAGGAGAGGGUCGAGGCGUUGAGAGAGCUGUUUGGGAUUCACUUGACGGGAGAGGAGGUGGUGAGUAUACGGGGGAGGCAGGCCGAGUUGGUUGGUUAG